AUGGCCGCCGCAGCGCAACAACAACAAGGGCCGCCGCCGGGCGCGGGAGGAGACACUGCGGCUGCGGCGGCGGCGGUUGCGGAGGUGGAGGACAGGAUGGACCUGCUGUGGGAGGACUUCAACGAGGAGCUGGCGCGGGGCGGCCGCGGCUCCUGCUGCCGCGCCCGCGCCGCCGGCGGCGGGCUGCAGCAGGCGCGCGACCUGUGGUCGUCGGGCUCGUCGGACGCGGAGUCGUCGGAGCCCGCGGCGGCCCGUGGGUGCGCGCCGGUGCUGCGCCCCUCGUCCAGGGCCGGCGGCGCGGUCCGGCACUGCCGCCGCCGCGCCGGGACGUGGGUGCUGCUCAUGAGGAUCUUCAGGCGGCUCUUCGUCAUCGAGAAGACCGUCUCCGCGUCCGCGGCCGCAGCCAGGCGGCAGCACGCCGCUGCCACGGCGAGGGCGAGCUGA